ACAUGCAGGACCUUCAUGCCUAAGAAAAAGACCGUGGCUUCACUACAAAGUUUGUGCUUGGAGUAUGUUGCUGAUAACAUGGAAGACAUCUGGGCCAAGGUUUAUAGCGCAGAUGACAAUCUGGACAGCAACCAUUUAAAUGACACUGUGGGACCCUUCAGCAUAUUGGUUGGCCCACAGGUCCAGGAGCUCUUCCGCUUAAUGAGAAGGAGGGGCCGCCUGACCUCUGCCGUGCUGCACUUGCUCUUGGUGCCACAGCUGACGGAGCUGGACAUGAGCUCCUGCCCACAGCAGGUCAGAGGUUCACUCCUCCACUUGAUCACAGUGAAAUGCAAGAAUCUGUCCUCAUUAGACCUCCAUGGCUGUGAUCAGAUCCCUGCAGACGCUCUGGUCAACUUGGUGACAUCCUUGCCAUGUCUCAAAAAACUGUGCCUCUCCCAGACCCAAUGUGACACUCAAGUUUUGUCGGCAGUGGGCUCCUGCUGCCCAAAGCUUUGCAAGCUGGACAUCAAGGAAUGUGUGAAACUGUCUGCAGAUUCCCUCUUCUACCUGACCUACAAUCCUCUUUCACAGUCUUUCUGCAGCCAGGACUUACAGGUCCUCGAGACUGGUCCACAGGGUCCGGGCAUGAACAGGCAUGAUGUAAUCUGGGCCCUGGUCUUUGUGCUAUUGGCACUGCCCAGGUUGGAAACAUUGUUUCACAAUGACAUUGCUGAGGCCUUGUGUCUCAUAUACAUGCAGCAGUUUGAUGACGCCCAGAUUCCUGUUGGAUUCCCUGCUCUGCAAGAUAUGACGUGGGACAAGAUGGCCAACUUCCCAAAUCAGGAGAACUCCCGAAUCAUGCUUGGCCUCAAGGAAAUAUUCCGUGUGGAUGACUAUUCCUGGCCUAUGGCCCAAGCUGUAUGCCCACGCUUGGAAAAAGUAUCUGUGAAUUUCGCAACCAGGGCUGUCUUGGACUUAAAUAUCUGGUCAUGCCGCCAUCUUUCCCACUUGACUAUAAGCUGCAGAGAAAGGAGGGACAUGAGGGAACUUUUGCCUGUGGUGACACACCUAGGAUCCCAGCUCCAAUCCCUCUCUGUCAAUGGCUUCUCCUUCCGAGAAAAGUUCUCUUUCCAUGCCUUACUAAGCCAUUGCCUGAAUCUUCAGAAACUGAGAAUUCACUUCCGCUCACCGGUGAUGCAUGGCCCAGGCACUGACCCAAAGCUUGAGGCUUUGGACUUGGACUUUAGCCUCUCCCCCCACGAAUUCCCUUGGCUGCACGACUUUUCUUUGAAGCACUUGGACACCAUGAUCCCCUUAGCUUCCCAGAAUAUUGUGCUUUUGAAGGAAAGCCUGCAAUACCUCCUGAAACAUUCCCCAUCCCUGGUGAAAUUGCAAUUGGCUGGCCUGCCUUUUUCUUUGGAUGAGGUCUUUGAGAAGAUCCUGGAACCACCUGGUGCUGCCUUGGCAUCCCUACAGCAGCUCACGUUGGCAAAAACCAGUGUCUCCCUCGGCACCAUUUAUAAGCUGCUGUCUUUAGACAAUGAGCUGUGCUUUCUUGAAUUGUUUUUAUGCUCAGGGAUCCACUGGAAGGAAUAUGCCGGGCUUCUCCAUAUGGUCAGCACUGAGGGCCUGAAACUGGAUAUUAAGUGGAUAUGAAAGUAGUGAGAAAACAGCUUGAGUUGUGCCGACUGUGAGUUUUAAUAAAGUUUUAUUUAGAGAG